ACAUUCCAACUCUUUACUCAUGUUCUUUAGUAAAUAAACGUUGGAACGAAAAUGCAAUUCCAUAUUUAUGGGAGAAUCCAUUUCGAUAUUUAAGUUGGGAAAGUACAGAUUCAAAUAAAAUUUUAGCGAUAGAAAAUCUUCCAAACACAACAGGAAAUAUAUUGGAGGAAGAUAUAGUUACGUCCCAACGAUGUAAAAAAGAGCUUAAUCUAAUUGUUUCACAUGACAUGCUGAAUCAACCAUUAUUCAAUUAUGCCAAAUAUUUAAAAUAUCUCGAUAUUGAUAGAAUAAUUACUACGAUUAGGAUUUUGUUUGAUAAUUAUACUUUUUCCAAAGAAUCUGAAAGACAAGUUGAAACAAAGAAUAAUUCGAUAAUCUUGUCAACAUUUUCUUAUUUAAAGAACAAACAUGAAAGUUCAUUUUGUGAAUUUUUUUCAAAUGUUCAAGAAUUUGAAUGUACGUCAGUGUAUCCGUCCAAUGAAGUUUUCGACCUUUUUCGUAAGCAUUCUUCAAAUGUCAAAUCAUUUAUCAUAACCAUGGAAAAGCCCGAUUUAUUAACUUAUUCAUAUAACUCUGAAGUUGGAAUAA